AUGGCAGCAGAAGAUGGACCUGCGUCAGAGGCACGAUCACGCCUUCGUGAGAAAGCCAGGUGUGGCAGGCCGGGUCACUGGAAGAGAGAAUGUCCGAUGGCCAACAAUCAGAUCGAGAAUGUGAAGAAGAACAAUGAGGGGGAGUCCUUCACGGGAAUGAUGAUUGAGGAGUUCCACAUGGUGCGGGACAACCAGGGCAGCUCUGAGACGGUGAUCCAUGCGCUUCCGGAGGAUGCGCAGCCUUACUAUGUCACUGGUUUGGAGGCGAAUACUGAUCGAAAGUCCGCUUCAGCAACUGUCGUGCACGAGCCAGAUCAGCCGGUUCUCUCGGGAUCCACUUUUCUGCAGAGUCAAAUGAACUCAGAAGCAGGUGGAGCUGAGAUUUUUAAUACUGAGGAAGCCGAUGACGAAGCGAUCAUUGACACAGGUGCCAGCCGGGCAGUCAUAGGGCUCAAAAGGACUGGCUUCGUGUCGAGGUGGUGCCAGGUGGAAGUCAAUCAGCGUGUUUGUCUGAUUCGCAUCAUGGCCACGGAGGGUACCGUGAACUACCUGCAGAAGAGCCUCACGUCACCGGUGGAUCCUUCACUGCACGGGAAUGCGACCUAUCAGGAGCUUCCCCAAAGCCUUUCUCGUCCUCCGGGGGUGGCCAACUUGGAGGAAUGGGGAUCAGUGAUAGCACCAUCAGGGAAGCAUCAUCAGAAGACCUAUGCGGUGAUUUACGAGACCGACCGCAAGUACGUGAGCCAGAUGUGGAACAGGCGAGCAGUAGCUCCUUGGGCCCGAAGUUUCCAACUAUAUUGCCGCCACCGACGAGAAGCCAGCAUCGAGAAACAGAAGGAGGACACCAUCAAUCAGGGACUUCAGAUGCCUAUCUCACCUCACAUGACUCCCGAGGUGGCUUCACUCAUCCGAGCCGGGGGAGCACCAUGGUUGACUCCACGGACCAAUGCUCAGUUGAUCGAGCAAAAGAAGGUUCGAGAUGCCCAGAAGGCCAAGAAGGAGGACAAGGACUGGGAACAUGUGGAGGUGACAGAAGUGAAAACAUCGAAGAGGAGCUUACCGUCAACAGCCAGCACCAUGGAGACUCAGCCCAACGAGACCAAGGUGGCCCAGUUGCAGGCACAGAUCGCCACACUGCAAAGGGAUCUGCAGAUCGAGCUGAACGGGCUAAAGCAAAUUCGAAGUACUGGACCGGCCAAGAUGUCACUGUCCAUCUUUGGAGUUCCGAGCGGACCGUCAGCGGAGAGUUCCAGUGCAGCCGCUAGCGAGGGUCCAAAGCUUGACCAAGCCAUCGUUCCACGCUGUGCGGAUCACAGUAUUCCAUAUGAGCCCAGUGAUUCCGAGAAAGUGGAAUCAAAACUGGGAGUUGAUGAAAGUGUUGGUGUUGUUGCAGUUGAACAAAAGAGGGUUGUUUGGCUGAGCCACCUGGGUCGAUUAGUGAGAGCUAGCCCGGAGCAAAUUCGACCGGCCUCUUUGCGUGAAUUUAUCAACCUACCCCGGGGAGAGGACAAUCAAGUAAAGAAUGAGGAGCCUAAGGGGAGAAGUUUUGUUGAUUUGAGUGGGGACCCCGAAGAUUUUCCACCAAGGGAAGGGGAAUUAGAAGAAAAUGAGUACUCUCCUGGGACACCUCGUGACUCGACGGGAGACACUAGUCAGCCUGAACAGGAAGAUUUCCGAAAUGAUGCACCCACCGAGGAUGGGAAUCCCAAUGACACCGAACCAGUUUUGCCACAUGAGGUUCCGGUACCUGAUUGGGAGACGGAUAAGGAAGAUUCACUGUUUGGGGAUGAUGUCACCAUAUCAAGUCCUGAGCGGGGUGUAUGGGAAAUAAAUUUCACCAACGAAGAAUGGGAACCCGAGGUAGCUGAAACUUUCUGUGCACAUCCAGGCAUUUUUGAACAGGUUUGGCUCACCACUGGGGAGAAACGAAAAAGGGUUGAGGUAAAUUAUCGGUUGCAGAGUGAAGGGGAUCAGGCUCUGUUUGAUGCUGCAAAGAAGAAAGAAAUCAAAGCCUGGAUUGAUCAUGGAACUGUCCAGCGUGCUACCAAAGGUACCCUACGUCCUGAACAGGUGAUGAGGUGCCGUUGGAUUUUAACAUGGAAGCCACCAGCUCCUGGAACCACCGAGCGUCGUGCCAAAGCACGCUUAGUGGUACUGGGUUUCGAAGACCCGGAUCUGCAACAGAUCCCAAAUGACGCACCAACACUUUCGAAGGAUGGUCGUCAAUUGCUGUUGCAACAAGUGGCAUCAAGCGUAGACUGGAGCAAUCCUGGAAAGAUACUUCAAAUGGCACCGCGGGCCAACGCAGUGACAGAUUGCAAGUCGGUCUACGACAUAGCGACAAAGACCUCCACACCAACAUUCCUCAACAACUCCAGUGCCACGGCUGCAUGGCGCAGGGCCAAGACACUGGAACCACCUUUCGGAAAGGUGUCAGAAACGUCCAAUUUGACCUUUUCGCGGGCUGAAAAGCUCAAAUUGGACGUCUUGCGAAAUCCUACCCGCCCAAGUCCUUCAGCAAGGGCGAGUUAG